AUGAGUUCCAAUCAACUUCUCCUCUCCCUCAAAUCCUGGCCGGAAGACGACCCAGAGUUGAAGUCGGUCUCUUCGCUAAUUACCCGAAUACAAGCUCAACGCGGGCACUUCCGAGACGUCGACGAGAGCAUUCUAGAAAAUGAGAUAAGGGAGGGAAAGGACACCGACCCACUAUUCGAUGAUUCUCCAGUAGAGGAGAGUGGGGGGGGCGCUAGCAAUUCUGCCCUAGCAGCGGGAGAGGAGCCCGAUAGGGCGACACAGCUGAAGAACGCAAAAGCGGAGAUUGUAGCAUUGGUUGGACACGCACUAAACGAAGCUCUCUUCGGCCUCGACUACGUUUCCCUCUUGGUGUCACUGCAGAAUCCCGAAGCCGGCUCUUCAAGCAUGUCCCCGGAACUCAAGAAAUCCGUACCAGUCGGAAGUCUCGGUUUCGAUAAAGUCCAGCGCAGGGCAGAUCCUGGGUCCGUUAAAGAAGACCUAGCCAUAUCCCACGCAUGGAAGGUCGAAGGUCUGAAUUCCGCCGCUGAUACACUAAUGGGCGCCUCCAAAAAGCUCGGCGAUGAUGUGAGGAAGGAAGCACGAUACUGGGAGCAGAUAUUGGCCAUCCGAGAAGAUGGUUGGGUGGUGACACGGAUGCCUAAUGAGCGAAGAACACUAGGUGUGAGGUUCGGAUUCGCGGAGUCGGCAGCGGAGUACAAAAACAAGGGUGUGGGGGCGCUGAGACGUGGGGAAGAUGGCGAUGUUGUCAUGGACGACGUAGCUACUACCGGCUCACACGGCAAGGCUAUGCUCCGGGUUCGUGUUCUCGAGAACGGGGAAGUGAAGGGAUCCAGUGUACAGAGUGGGAAUAAGUGCUCGGGGUCAGUUAAGGAUAUGAUUCAACGGGCUAGGAACUUUAUCUAUGAGGAUGAGCUCUUCUUUGAGAUCACAAGGGAAGCUAGGCUCAUGGCGAACUAUGGUGUACGAACAAGUGAGGAUGCGGUUACGAUUGAUCUAGGGGGGGGUAGGAGUAUAGUAAUUGAUAUGGCACCUUUGGAUGAUGGCGAUAUUGUUCUGGAUAUACACAAUCCUGACAGUAAUCUCGCACAGGGGGUUGUCACGGCAUUCCGUAUCCUCCUGUCAUACAAUCACAGGAUGAGCCUAAGGAAACGCAGCAAGCCGCCACCACCUCUAACGCAGCGUAAAAUAGUCCCUCCUGCUCUCCGUAUGGUUGCACCGAUCACCACACACCUCUUACAUCACCAACAUCAGUUGAAUCUACAAAAUCUACUCAGACACCUAAUCAAAGUUGUCAAAUCUGCCGGAAUGAGCACAGCAUUUGUGACAAAACCCCGCCACAAUUGCCUCAAGCCCGUAAUCAAAAACGUAGAAACCGCGGUGGAGGCCUUCCUGGAAAGGAUCGAGAGCGAGGCUACGGUAAAGCUCCCUGGUGGCUGGAAAGUCGAGAUCAAUAUGAAGACUGCCCUUGGGCCCCCACUUUACGGCACUGCAUACAUCAUUGGUACAUCCCACGACGGAGUCUCAGCGCGGCUGAUGGGCGAAAAUAGAUUUACCUCGUCCAAGGAGAUGGAGAUGUACCUUUUCUGGUGUCUGGAGCGGAGUAUCGUCAAUGAGGUUAGGUACACGAAUGAUAAAUGGGAACAGAUAGCACAAUCUAACGAGAUGUGGUCCAUCGAUAAAUCUACUCGGCGGAUAAGAAUUUCCGUGGACAGGACUGGGUUAUCAAUUGUCACUGGAACUACUGGCGGGAAGGAUGAUAGGGUGGUGUGGGAUGGGAGCGAUACGGGCAGAACCUUACAGGAUUUGUUAAACCAUCCUGUAGGAUAG